AUGUCGAUUAGAGGGAAUAUCGAGGCUUGGGCCAAGCCUCCUCCGACAGAUGACCACCCGCAUCCCACCCAAGGCGGAAUCGGCCUCGAAGGCUCAUUCGGGGUUCUGGAUGGGCUGCAUGGAGUGCAUAAGUCCUCUUGGAUCACUCCGCGGGACAUACCUGUUCCGGUGGGAAGCUAUGCUCAACCCUUCCAACUUGCUUAG